AUGACUCCCUUCAUGACCUUGCUAUGUCUGGGGGUUCUCCCCAGACCUAUCCUCUGGGCUAAGCCAGGUUCUGUGGUUCCCCAGUGGAGCCCUGUCACCCUUUGGUGUAAGGGGAGCCCAGGGACCCAGGAGUUCCACCUGCAUAAAAAGGGAAGUUCAUCACCCUGGUUCAAACAGCCUCCACAAGCACCAGGGAACCAGGCCAAGGUCUCUUUUCCCUACAUCACAGAAGUACAUGCGGGGACGUAUUACUGUUACUAUUUCAGUAAUGCUGGCUGGUCAGUGGAUAGCAACUCUCUGGAGCUGGGAGUCUCAGGCCUCUACAGAAAACCAUCCCUCUCAGCCCUGCCAAGCUCUGUCGUGGCCUCAGGUGGGACCGUGACCCUCCAGUGUGGCUCAGAGCAGGAAUUCGACAGGUUCAUCCUGACUCAGGAGGGAGACACAGAGAUUCCCCGGAUCCUUGAAUCACAGCCUCCCACUGGGCAUCUUCAGGCCCUGUUUCUUGUGGGCCCUGUGACCCCUGAACACAGGUGGACAUUCCGGUGUUAUGGCCAUUUCUCACGCACACCCAAUCAGUGGUCUGAACCCAGUGACCUGCUCCAGCUCCUAGUCUCAGCCUCCUAUCCCCGAGCAUACACAAUGGAGAAUUUCAUCAGGUUGGGCGUGGCUGGCUUUAUCCUGCUGAUCCUCGAAAUUCUGCUGUUGGAAGCUUGGUACAGUCGGAGGAAACUGGCCAAGGAUUCAACCUCAGGCCCUGCAGAAUCAGAGGAGAUUACCAACUGCAAUCAACUUCCCCAAACUGGGCCUAAAGUGAAUCAAUAG